UGUAAGAGAGAAAUCUCCCUCUCAGACUUGGAACGUAUUAUGCAGAGAAAACAUGGAUUUGUACAAUAUGACCAUCCAGCGCAAUGUCUCCAACGAAACCGUGGAAAACCCAGCCCAUUGUGAUGACCACUGCAGGAGGGUGCUGGCCACACUCUAUAGCAUAGUCUUGUUAGGAGGGACAGCCAGCACCAUCAUGAUGUCCCAUGUCUUGUUGCAGAGGAAUUCCCAGUCCAUCAUCACCGUCAUCAUCGCCAACAUCAUCGUGCUGCAUUCCAUCCUCCUGCUCAGUCUUCCAUUCCGCCUCAGUUACUACUUUCUGUUGGAGUGGAAGUUUGGCUGGUUCAUCUGCCCGGUCAUCAGCAGCAUGGUACAUUUCCAUAUGUACUUCACUUUUGUUUUCUAUGUGGCCAUCAUUGUCAUACGCUUACUCAUUUACUUUAAAAGGUUCCCCCUGCAGGAAUUACAGAAGUGCCAUGUGAUAGCCUUGAGUGUUGCCAUCUGGUUGGUGGGGAUGCUCAUUUUCUCCCUGAUUUUUCUGUUCUAAUAUGGCACCCAUAUGGACUCUUCUCAGCAUCACUGUUUUCAGUUCUACCAAGAACUCAACCACACGCCAGUGAUUGUCAUCAAUUACUGCAUGAUUGGCAUUAUCAUGGUGACAGUCUUGAUCCUCUCCCUGAUUCAGCUGGUUGUCAUCACCCAACUCACCAAAACGCUCUGGCCUGAAAUGUUGACACACCAAGAGUUUCGAGCUCAUAUCAAUAGUUUCUUUUUCUUGGUGGUAAUUAUUGUUUGUUUCCUACCACAUCACACCUUUCGGGUUUUCUUCAUUCAAAAUUAUUUCCAGAACAAAAAACCUGAAUUAAUUCUCUAUGGUGAAAUUUGCAAGGCUUUAACGACUGUCUGCUGCCUGGACAUGUGCUUCAUAAGCAGACUGGCCCGUUGGAACGCUUACUUUGGGCUGCUGGUAUUUGGUGGUUUUGUCUAAAAGCAGAUUGAUUAAUAGAAUAGCAGAAGAGGCCUUAGCCCUGCCCUCAGAGUAGCUGAAGGCUGUUGCUAUGUUAACCUGGCCCAGUUGCCUUGCUGCAAAGAGGUGUGAGGAUGAAAGGCAAAUGAAAGAGAAUGUGGCUUCCCAAAAUCCCUAUUAAGGACUCCCUGUUCACCUGUAGAGCCAAAUACAACACCUCGGUUUGGCAUUCAGACCGGCUUUUCAGCCU